GUGCCCAGACUCCGCGUGGAGAGUGAAAGUGACCCAAGCAAAACGUGCUGGACUCUCGGUGUGCAGAAAUAGUUUAAAUUCAAGCGUCCCUCACAAACGACACAGAAUGUUGGGCUUCCAUAGGAAUCGCACGGCGAGUGCGCAGGCAGUGGCCACGGUCCUGGUGCUAGCGAGUGUGCUGGUGUUGUGUUGCAUGCUGGACUCAACCGCCGGUCAACCGGUCGAUAUGCUCGACCAGAUCGGUUCGGAAAGCCGUCGAAUGUUCUACAAAAUGCUCGAAUACCUGGGCGACUACGACGAACUGGAAGACGAUGGAGCGCGGGAACGUGAGCAGAAGGGUGGCUCGCUACCCCUGCAGACGAGCAAUCGGGUCGAGGUGGCCGGACGAGACGAACAGUGCAAGCUGCCACCACGACGUGGCGUGUGCCGAGCGCUGCUGCCCCGUUACAGAUAUGAUCCAGACCAGAAGGAGUGUAUCGAGUUCAAGUUUGGUGGGUGCGACGGCAAUGCGAACAACUUCAUGUCCUACAAACAGUGCAUGGAAGCGUGCCAAGGAGUUUAAUCGUCGUACUGUUCGGUUAAUUGACCAUCACGGGCGACAAACACAUUUGCGACACGUGCAUCAUUUGACGACAUUUUCGUAGCCGGACUAACCGACAAACCGUCGUCCCCACCAAGUGAUAUAUAGUGUUUUAAGUAACUGGCUGCCGAAGAAGAGGAGACAUUCCAGAACGUUCUCGCUUCCCGGGGGCACUGUAG